UCGACCAACGAGACGAGAAAAUCUACCCAGCUAACCGCUUUCUGGUUUAUCGUUCAGAUUUUUUGACAAUUUCCACUGGAAAUUUUUUAACUCCAGUGAAGUGAUUAUGAAACUUAAAAAAUCAGCCAAGAAAGCGAGCAGCAACUUAACUCACAUCUAUCUGAACGAUAAGAAUAUCACCCAAAUCACCAGUAUUUAUCCGUCCAAACGAAUUUUAGUACUCUACUUGCACAACAAUCAAAUAUGUCGCAUCGAAAAACUGGACGCAUUUGUGCAUCUGACACACCUCUAUCUACAGUGGAAUAACAUACGGAAGAUUGAAAAUCUGGACGCUCUGAGGAAUCUCAAACAGUUGUACCUUGGUUACAAUAAGAUCAGCAGAUUGGAAAAUUUGGAAAAUUUGAAAAAGUUGGAGCAGAUCCACAUUGAACGGCAACUGUUGGAUGGAACCACACAGUUCGAAUUCGACGAAGAAUGCGUGAAGGCUUUGGCGAACCACCUGAAGGUAUUGAACGUAAAAAAAUUGCGGCUAACUCACCUAAACUCCUUGGAACCACUCUGGAAACUGGAAGUACUACUUGCCUCCGACAAUAGUUUCAAAUCUACCGACGAAAUUACUCCGGCGAUCAGCGCUCUGUACUCACUUCGCGUCCUCGAUCUUCAAGGCUGUCUCGCCCAGAAAGACAUCUACUAUCGAGAGAAGGUCACUGCUGCCGCGGGUCAUAAAUUAUUGCUGCUGGACGGUAAAAUAAUUUCCCAGUCGACACGCAAUUUUAUCAAAAAUCUUCAAAGUAUCAAACAGGAGAAAAAACGACGUGCCCUGGCAAACGCCGAAGAAAAAGCCAAAACCCCCAGCAGUUGCAAGCCACCGCUGGACUACAAUAGUGGCACUGAGUCCGCCCUGUUUCCGUGUAACAUCGGACGUUUCAACUUUCCAACGACCAAUUCAUUGUUUCAGGUGACUCCAAGAAGACCCAUUGUUCAGCGUUUACCUCGUAAACCAGUUCUUCGUUCAACAGUUCUAAUGAAAACAAUGUCAGCAUCUUUCGGAGAUGAACUGUUCAGUCGGGAAGAGACAAAGGAUAGGUCUAGUAAAAGCAACAGCAACGAAGUGAUACUGCAAGGGAAACUUAUAAAGGCGGAAGCGCCAGUGUUUAAGGACAAGAUUCGAAUUCAACGAAAGGUUCAGUCACUUCCGUCUAUCGAGUGAUGGUCGCGACAGUAUUUACGGAGUGCGUGUGAGUGUGAUGUAGAUCUACUUUUUCUUAUCAUUUAGAUCCGCGUAGACGAGAAAAUUGACUGAAAAUUAUAAAUAAACGUUUGAAA